AUGAGUUUUAGUAUACAUUAAUUAUAAUAGAUGUUUGAGGAUAAAGAUAAAAGUGAACCACACACACCUAUAUUUAAAGGAAAAACAGGUUCUUUAGAUAAAUUUGAUUUUCUCAUUUCAUAAAUUGAAGAGCUGAGAUAAUAAAAUAUUGAAUUUCAGAACUAAAUCUAAAUUCAUUCUAAUCAAUUAAAUUAAAAAAUAAGUAUUUAUUUGUUUCCUAAUAAAGAGAAUAACGAUGUAAUGUAAACUUAAAUCAAAGAAAUUGAAAAAUAAAUAUAAAAUGAAAUUAUUCAAAAUAAAUUAUUAACUUUUAAUUACAUAAAAAAACAUGAAGAUUGUUUUGAGAUAAAAAAAUAAAUCAUAAAUACUAACAAGCAAUAAUAAAUAGUUUCUAUUCCGGAUCUAAACAAUCCUAAUAGACCUUCAGAUUGCUCUACUGCUCCAAGUCCUGGGAUGAAGGUUUAAAUCAAAAGAGCUUAUAAAAAAGUUUCUAGCGUCAUUUUUAGUGACUUUUGA